CCUCCCAAGAUGGGAGGUGACGAACUUCUAAAUCAGGACCGUGCCUCUGGGACACCAAGGGUCCCUGUGCUCUGCAGACUGCUUUCAGAGAAAUCUGUGCCUCUCUCAGGUCUGCUUGCCCCAAACUGCUCCCAAACUGACCCCCAGAGACGGGCCCAGCUCCUUCCAUCCCUGACCUUUGCUUCCAUCUGAUAUCUGGGAUGCAGUUAAGUUUGGCCCAAGGCAAAGCUACCAGAGUUUUGGCUGAAGGUAACAGCUACGAUGCUUCAGAUGCAGUGCUUAUGCUGUGCCAGGCUGUCUCAUAAGGUCUCAUAAGGUGCUUCCUUCCCUAUCUGAAAGGGCUUCGUGCUGACCCCUGCGGCUGCUGCCUGAGCCUAGGUCCAAUCGCAGUGCGGGAGAACCUCUGCUCCCUCCCAGAGAGAUCCAGACCCUGGCAGCCCUGGAUGCGGACUGGAUGUUUCCUGGCCUUGUGUUGCCUGUCCCCCUCCGUUUCCCCAAAGGGGAAGGUUUUGUGUCCCUUGUGAUGAGCCAGGACGUGGCUACGUGAACAGCACCACAGCCAAACCUGACGGGCAUUUGGCCACAGCUGCAGGGAGGACACGGGGCCCUGCAUUGCCUCAGGCCUGCUUGUGAUUCCAAGUGGUGAAGCCCCAUCACUGGUAAAGAGGAGUGGGACGGGCUCAGCCGCUCUCACCUGCUCAGCCAGAGGCAGGCCCGUGGCUUGGGGGAAAUUCCUGGGCGGGGAGGAAACUGACCAACAGCUGAGUUACGCACACACAGCGGUUCCUGUUUGAGCUGCCUGACUUGGGUUUUAAAUAUAGCCUAUUAAGGCAAUUAGCGAAUUGGUUCCAAAGUUUAUCUCCUCUGAUUCCCAAAGAUAAAAGAAGGCAUAAUUUAUCUUUAGGUAAAAAAGUGUAGACGAUUUGGGACCAUCUGGUUUUAAAAAAAUAAUCUGACCUAGACACAAAUGAACAAAACAAAAACGGUUUUGGAGAGAAAUUGGUGUGCCUGACCCUCCCCUUUUUUGUGUGGCGUAUCUAAGCUUCAUUGCAAAAAAAAAAAAAAAGUUGUUUAAUAAUUACCCUUAUUGACCUCUGUACCUUCUGGACUUCCUUUGCUCCUGGGCACAAGACAUGGCCAUUUCUAGGGUUGGACCGUGCAGGCACAGGCGGUCAGCUGGGCCGCAGCUCCUCCGGCUCUGCAGGGUCACGGAGGAAGCCAGCUCCCCUAGUCCAGGCCGAGCUUGCACUUGCGUCUUGUCUGCUGCUGCUGAACCAAGAUUUAGCUGUGCGCCCUCCUUGCAGUCUCCUGGAACCAGCAGGAGGAAACAUGGGGGAUACUGGCCUGAGAAAGCGGAGAGAGGAUGAGAAGUCGAUCCAGAGCCAAGAGCCUAAGACCACCAGUCUCCAAAAGGAGCUGGGCCUCAUCAGUGGCAUCUCCAUCAUCGUGGGCACCAUCAUUGGCUCUGGGAUCUUCAUUUCCCCCAAGUCUGUGCUCAGCAACACGGAAGCUGUGGGGCCCUGCCUCAUCAUAUGGGCGGCUUGCGGGGUCCUCGCGACGCUGGGUGCCCUGUGCUUUGCGGAGCUUGGCACAAUGAUCACCAAGUCAGGGGGCGAGUAUCCCUACCUGAUGGAGGCCUACGGGCCCAUCCCCGCCUACCUCUUCUCCUGGGCCAGCCUGAUCGUCAUCAAGCCCUCAUCCUUCGCCAUCAUCUGCCUCAGCUUCUCCGAGUAUGUGUGCGCGCCCUUCUAUGCGGGCUGCAAGCCUCCUCAAAUCGUUGUGAAAUGCCUGGCCGCCGCCGCCAUCUUGUUCAUCUCGACAGUGAACUCACUGAGCGUGCGGCUGGGAAGCUACGUCCAGAACAUCUUCACCGCGGCCAAGCUGGUGAUCGUGGCCAUCAUCAUCAUCAGCGGGCUCGUGCUCCUGGCCCAAGGAAACACAAAGAAUUUUGAUAAUUCUUUCGAGGGCGCCCAGCUGUCUGUGGGAGCCAUCAGCCUGGCGUUUUACAAUGGACUCUGGGCCUAUGAUGGAUGGAAUCAACUCAAUUACAUCACAGAAGAACUUAGAAACCCUUACAGAAACCUGCCUUUGGCCAUUAUCAUCGGGAUCCCCCUGGUGACAGCGUGCUACAUCCUCAUGAACGUGUCCUACUUCACCGUGAUGACUGCCACCGAACUCCUGCAGUCCCAGGCCGUGGCUGUGACAUUUGGUGACCGUGUUCUCUAUCCUGCUUCUUGGAUCGUUCCACUUUUUGUGGCAUUUUCAACCAUCGGUGCUGCUAACGGGACCUGCUUCACAGCGGGCAGACUUAUUUAUGUGGCGGGCCGGGAGGGCCACAUGCUCAAAGUGCUUUCUUACAUCAGCGUCAGGCGCCUCACUCCAGCUCCUGCCAUCAUCUUUUAUGGUAUCAUAGCAACGAUUUAUAUCAUCCCUGGUGACAUAAACUCGUUAGUCAAUUAUUUCAGCUUUGCCGCAUGGCUGUUUUAUGGGCUGACGAUUCUAGGACUCAUCGUGAUGAGAUUUACAAGGAAAGAGCUGGAGAGGCCUAUCAAGGUGCCCAUAGUCAUUCCCGUCUUGGUGACACUCAUCUCUGUGUUUUUGGUUCUGGCUCCAAUCAUCAGCAAGCCCGCAUGGGAGUACCUCUACUGUGUGCUGUUUAUAUUAAGCGGCCUUUUAUUUUACUUCCUGUUUGUCCACUACAAGUUUGGAUGGGCUCAGAAAAUCUCAAAGCCGAUUACCAUGCACCUUCAGAUGCUAAUGGAAGUGGUCCCACCGGAGGAAGACCCUGAGUAACAAGCUCCGCCUCUUGUAGCCAAGUCAGCUGAAUUUAUUUUCUUAAGCAAUAUUUGUGGUUAUUUCUUCCUUUUUUUCUUAUGAAUAAAAUAUACUCACUCA